CAAGCUUUAAAGAUUGUAUGGUCUCAAACAAAAUGGCUGCGUCUACAAUGAUAGGCAUAGGCAUCGGAAUCGGGACCGUGCCGACUCACACUCACCACUACCACCGAGUUGCUAUGUCCACACUCACUCUCUCUCCACCUCAUAUUCCUCACUCUCUCCUUCUCCUCAACUCCUUCUCUACUCGCCGACGCUCCCUCCGUCUCAACUCAUUCUCCUCUCCGACUCUCCGUCUCAGAGCUUCCUCUGUCGACACCGACGCUCCUUCCUCUCCAGGUAAAGGUGUUGAGAAUUUAGUAAUAAUAGGUUCAGGUCCUGCUGGAUAUACAGCUGCAAUAUAUGCAGCUCGUGCCAAUUUAAAGCCUGUGGUGUUUGAGGGAUAUCAAGUAGGUGGUGUUCCAGGUGGACAGUUGAUGACAACCACUGAAGUAGAGAACUUUCCAGGUUUUCCAGAUGGUAUAACUGGUCCAGAUUUGAUGGACAGGAUGCGACGGCAAGCUGAACGUUGGGGUGCAGAACUGUUCCAAGAAGAUGUUGAGUAUAUUGACGUUAAGAACAGUCCUUUCACUGUGAAAAGUAGCGAACGUAAGGUUCAGUGCCACAGCAUCGUUUAUGCUACAGGAGCCACUGCAAAAAGGCUGAGGUUGCCUCGUGAGGAUGAAUUUUGGAGUAGAGGGAUCAGUGCUUGUGCGAUAUGUGAUGGAGCAUCUCCACUGUUUAAGGGGCAAGUUCUUGCUGUGGUUGGAGGAGGAGAUACAGCAACAGAGGAAGCAAUAUACUUGACGAAAUAUGCUCGUCAUGUUCAUUUACUAGUACGUAGGGAUCAACUAAGGGCAUCAAAAGCAAUGCAAGAUAGAGUGUUCAAUAAUCCAAAUAUCACCGUGCACUUCAAUACUGAGACUGUUGACGUUGUUAGCAAUACGAAAGGCCAAAUGUCUGGCAUCUUACUCAGAAAACUUGAUACUGGUGAAGAAUCUGUGCUUGAGGCAAAAGGCUUAUUUUAUGGUAUAGGUCAUUCACCAAAUAGCCAGUUGUUGGAAGGACAAGUUGAACUGGAUAGCGCAGGUUAUGUAGUUGUUGAGGAGGGUACUGCAAAAACUUCUAUUGAAGGUGUAUUUGCUGCUGGAGAUGUGCAGGAUCAUGAGUGGAGACAAGCCGUAACAGCUGCUGGAUCAGGAUGUGUUGCUGCUUUGUCCGUUGAGAGGUACCUUGUGAGGAGUAAUCUCCUCAUUGAGUUUCACCAGCCUCAAACUGAAGAACCUAAGAAGGAACUCACGGACAGAGAUGUUCAAGAAGGUUUUGACAUAUCACGUACAAAGCAUAAGGGCCAGUAUGCACUACGAAAAUUGUACCAUGAAAGUCCAAGGCUUAUAUGUGUACUCUAUACUGCACCAACUUGUGGUCCAUGUAGGACAUUAAAGCCAAUUCUUAGCAAGGUGAUAGAUGAAUUUGAUCAGAGUGUACAUUUUGUUGAAAUCGAUAUUGAGGAAGAUCCGGAGAUAGCAGAAGCCGCUGGAAUUAUGGGUACACCAUGUGUGCAGUUCUUUAAGGACAAAGAGAUGAUCAGGUCUGUAACAGGGGUCAAAAUGAAGAAAGAAUACAGAGAAUUCAUUGAAGCAAAUAAAUGAGAGAAAUUCAGAUUCAAUUUUAACUGAUGGUAUCACUUUGUCAUUCAAUUUUGUUCCUUCCAUAAUUGAUAGUUGAAUAAUGCCUUGUAUUUUUAAGAAGAUUUGUUGUAUCGACUAUCGAUCAGUUACACUGUAGAUUACACAUGCAGAGUUGUGAAUGCAUUGUUACGGUAAGAUCUUGUAUUUCUAUCAACCUGUAUAUUUGGCCGAGUUCAGUUCAGCUACGGGAUUUGAUUCACAUAA